ACGUUUAACACGAUGAAGUUUCUUUCUAUCGAGACGGCGCCCUCGUCGCGCACUUACUCGUCUGUGAUAUUGAUGGACGUGCUGAAUAAUAACGUCGAGCAUGCUUUGGGACUAUACGAAGAAAUGGUGGCCAAGAAGCUCCCGCUGGAGCCCGAGACGUAUCUGGCGCUGGUAAAGGGAUGCACCACUCGGCGGGAACUGAUUGAAAAAGGAUGGCAGUUUAUUAUUGAGUAUUAUUCGAAAGGUUUUCCGAUGGACGCUCGCGUGAUAGAGAUGAUGAUGGCUCUGGCGGUGAAGGACUCGGACCUGAACCUUGCAAGGGCGUUGUUUGUGGGGCUGUUUGACACACUGACCAAGGCCGAGGGCCGCCUGGCGCCGCCGUCGCCGGUUGCGCUGAAAUACCUGUUCAACGCGUACGCUUUCUACGACCCGCAACGGGUGCCAGUGAGCCGUCUGAACAAGCAGGUGGGGGAAAUUGCUGCGCGCACGUUCGACUUGUGCGACUUCUGUUUCCACGUUGACGCGCCGCCGUUUCUGCCGACGCUGCACGUUGGCGAGACACAGGCUCUAAGUGAGGCUCGCGCGCUGUUCCAGUACUUUUCGGCCAAGUUUCCGCAGCAGAUAUCUGUGGAGGUCCUGGAUGCGUUUUUGUUUGUGUUUGCGUGGAAGGGCGAGUCGAUAGUAGAGUUUGAGCAGCUGUGGAACAGACACACGUUCUUCAGAGGUGAGGGAGUGACGGUGGAGGAGCCGGAGGAGCCGGAGGAGCAGAGCGUGCAGGAGCAACUUUCCAAAGAGCCAGCCGUCGCUGCUGCGGCUACCACCCCCACCCUCAAAUACCCACGCAACGACAGACUGUACAACGUGUGUCUGCACGCUGCGCGCAUUCACAAGGACGUUCGGUUUGCACAGAAAAUAUGGACAGAACGCGGCAAGUACAGAAAGACGCCCGAGUUCCAGAGACUAAGUCCGCAGAAACAGGACCAGCAGGACUUCAAGUUCGCCAGAGGCAUUGUUUCGGUGUUUACGCAGACCAACAAUGUCGUCGACGCCUACCAGGUGGUGU